AUGGAUUCAGAAGCCAGGGGGACAAUAGAGGUGGCAGCGCUCGGCCGACCUUUCAGCCUCGGCAUGUUGUACGACUGCCGCACAGACUCCCUCGUCCCUGGAAUUACUUUGUGGGACCGUGAAGACCUGACAAGUCAUAUUGUUGAAAGACCACAUAUAAACAAUAGUUUUGAUAUGGUUGCAUCUGAGUCUAUUGAGGAUAAAUCUUCAGCACUAAAUGUUGAAGCCUCUCUGAAAGCAAGUUUCUUAGGUGGACUGGUGGAGGUUGAAGGAUCGGCCAAGUACCUGAACGACAGUAAGACUUCCAGACAUCAGGCCAGAGUAACACUAAGCUACAAAACUACCACAAAGUUCCAGCAACUGUCCAUGAAUCAUCUUGGAAGUGUCAAUAUAAAGCAUCCGUAUGUCUUUGAGAAAGGAAUAGCAACACAUGUAGUCACAGCUGUUCUUUAUGGGGCUCAAGCCUUCUUUGUCUUUGACCGUGAGGUGUCUGAAACAGAAACUCAUCAAGACAUUCAGGGCAACCUGAAGGUGAUGAUCCAGAUGAUUCCCAGCAUUGCGAUAGAGGGUGAAGGUGCCCUGAAGAUGAAAGACAAGGACAGGGAAUAUGUUGAUAAAUUCUCCUGCAAAUUCCAUGGAGACUUUUCUCUUGAAAAGAACCCUGUGUCCUUUCAGGAGGCAGUAGAAGUCUACCAAAGUCUGCCGAGACUGUUGGGAGCCAACAGAGAGAACGCCGUACCAAUGAAGGUCUGGCUGUUGCCAUUGACCAGUUUAGAUUCUACUGCUGCUAAACUCGUACGUCAGAUAAGUAUAAGAUUAGUUCAAGAAUCCCAGAGUGUCCUGGAGGACUUCAGUGAGCUGGAAAUGAGGUGCAAAGAUGCAUUGAGAACCACCACUGCACAGCAGUUCCCACAGAUUGGCAAAAAGAUAAAAACCUUUAAAGAGAUGUGCUCCGAGUUCAGACAGGAAUUCCAACGAACUUUGGCAAAGAAACUUCCAUCAAUCCGCGGAGGAGGAGAAGAGGAGGCUGUGCUCGCAGACAUCCUGAAGGAAAGACGUUCUUCUCCUUUCAACAGCAACAACCUGAACGAGUGGAUGGACUGUAAAGACAAAGAAGUCUAUAUUUUAAGGUAUUUCACCAAGAUGAUGAAAAACACCAAAAUCCUUUCAUCUCAAAAUGAUCUUCAUGAAGAAAUUCUCAGUGCAGAACACGUGAUGUGUUUUGCCUUCACCUCACUGGGGAGUGAUGAAUCGUACCUCUCCACUUUAUCACACUACUUAAGACAAACAGCAGGCAUCCCUCAAGAUGCACACACUCAGGAUCUAGAGAAGGAACAAUGGUUCUUUUCCCACAAAGUCACAGAUACAUUGAGGCAGAAAGCAAAGCUCUUCAGUGAUUUUGCAGAGGCCAACAAGGAGAACAAGAACAUUACGUUCUUGACCUUGGGAUUACCAAAUGAGGCCCAGAAAGGUUCAAGCAUCUACCUUUAUGAAAAUGUGGUGUCUGUCAAUGAGAACUAUGAGCCGCCUUCAAAGCCUGAAGCAGGAACAGUAAUUGAGAUCAACCACAACAGUGUGACACUGAAGAUUUCUCCACCCAAAUUUGGAGUAGAGAACAUCACCUCCUACUCUGUUGAGUACUGUGUCAGUGGAGAGGAAGGAUGGAAACAGAAGACAGCAUCAAAAGAAGAAGUCACAGUGAGCGAUCUGAGUCCUAAAACAGACUAUGUGUUCAGAUGCAGAGCAGUGACCUCAGCAGGUGUUGGGCCGGCCAAUGAAGUCAAUGGUUCCAUUAAAACCUUACCUUGCAGCCCUCCUGGAGAACCUCAAGUUGAAGCACACUCAGGAGAGAUAUCAGUCAGUUGGGAGAAACCUGCUGAGCUUGGACAGGAUGUCCACAUUAUGAGCUACAUCGUGGAGUACGCCAAGACAGACAACGGGGGGAAAGACGAAGACCUCCAAUGGAACCAAACGAUGUCAAGGGCUGAGAAGACGUUCAUUUCAGGACUUCACUCAGGGACAGAAUAUGUUGUCAAGACCCCCAGCAACCACCAGUUCUAG